AUGGCUUUUGAGACAAACUACCCAGUUCCCUACCGCAGCAAGCUCACCGAGCCAUUCGAGCCCGGACAGACCCUCAUUGUUAAGGGGAAAACUGGCGAGGAUUCGGUCAGAUUCACGAUCAACUUGCACAACUCAUCGGCGGAUUUCUCGGGCAACGACGUUCCCCUUCAUAUCUCCGUUCGUUUCGAUGAGGGAAAGAUUGUGUUCAACACGUUCUCAAAGGGCGAAUGGGGAAAAGAAGAGCGCAAAUCGAAUCCAUGGAAAAAGGGAGAUGAUGUCGAUAUCCGUAUCCGCGCUCAUGACAGCAAAUUCCAGAUCUUUGUUGAUCAGAAAGAGCUCAAAGAGUACGAGCACCGAGUGCCCCUUUCGGCGAUCACUCAUUUCUCGAUCGAUGGCGAUGUUAUCGUGAAUCACAUUCACUGGGGCGGAAAAUACUAUCCAGUUCCAUACGAGUCAGGCUUGGCUCACGACGGUUUGGCGCCGGGAAAAACUCUCGUUGUUUAUGGAUGCCCGGAGAAGAAAGCAAAACGCUUCCACAUCAAUCUUUUGAAGAAAAAUGGAGAUAUCGCACUCCACUUCAAUCCACGAUUUGAUGAGAAGGCAAUCAUUCGCAACUCGUUGAUCGCCAACGAAUGGGGAAAUGAGGAACGCGAAGGAAAGAUUCCAUUCGAGAAGGCCGUUAUCUUCGACUUGGAGAUUCACAAUGAGGAGUACGCUUUUGCGAUCAAUGUGAACGGUGAGCGUUUCGCCUCGUAUGCGCACCGUCUCGAGCCUCAUGAGCUCAAUGGAUUGCAAAUCGGCGGCGAUGUUGAGAUCACCGGAAUCCAAAUCCGU